CAGACUGAUCUGAAAAGCAUCAUGACUUCUGUAUUUUGACAUUAAAUCUUACCAGUACAUGACUGUGUAAAAGAAGGCUAACACAAAUUACGUUAGAUAUCAGAUAUACAUCUUAAAAGGUCGUGUUCUGAGGAUUUUUCAGCUUUCUUCCAACAACAAAAUGACAGGUGUGAUCUUUCUUCUUUUGAGUUGGUCAUUGCUUGUCUCAAUGUCCAGAUGCAGAGACCAGCAGGUAGUGCUACACACCGUCAAGAGCCAGGCUUUUUCGCUUUUCUGUGACACAGAUCAGCAUGUGCAAAAUGUAACGUACACUUGGACCAAGGAUAACUGCACUAUAAAAGUAACACCACGUAUAAAAUUUCAAGGAAAUGUGAUUUGGUUUUUAAGCACAGAAUUAUCAGACAGUGGGAAUUACAGAUGUAGAAGCACAUACUCCUCAGAGAUCGUGGAAAAUGCAAUGUGUCUCUCUGUUGAAAGUGGACUUUGUCCGAGACCCAACCAGUUUUCCGUGGCAUGGCAAGGAUCCAACGUCAAUUUUUCCUGUACUGAAAACCGCAUUCCGACUAUGGGCCAAGAACUGCAAGUGCAGUGGUGGAAGGACUGCAAACCUACAGGCAUGCAAGGCCGUGAAAUUAGCUUUUAUAACAUGCCUAUGAGUGGUAUGGGGAACUACACCUGUUUAGUCAUCUUCAAAUAUGAAGGGAAAACCUACAAUGCCUCUUACACUACUGAGCUCAUCAUGCUAAAGGAUGAGGCUGAGAAAAAGCCUAAAGUAAUAUUCCCUCGUGACAAAACUGUGCAUGUCAAGCCAGGUGAGAGAAUGAAAUUGGAUUGUACUGUAUUCAUCGGUGAAAGAGAAGAAGAAACCUUAGAAACAACAGUGUAUUGGACUAUAAACAAUUCCUAUACCCAGAAAUAUCCACAGCUUCAUGAGAACAUGACUUUUGAGGUGAGAGAAAACAAUAAUGUAUACGGCCAUUCCACACUGCUCAUUUCUGAAGUUCUUCCAGAGUUCUUCGGUAUGCCUUUUAAGUGCACUGUCAUGAAUCCCAACGGAAUGGAUGCGGGUGUGCUCCAUCUUAAGCAAGAUGAUUAUAAUAUCAUCCAGACAAUUAUGAUGAUUAGUUUCAUAGUAGGAGUUGCUGUUAUGGCCACUGGGCUGUUCAUGUACUUUAAAGUGGAUAUAAUCUUAGCCUGUCGUGAUCUGGGUGGUAAAGGCAAAGCUGCCAGUCAGGACAGGAAGUUAUACAACGCAUAUGUGUCCUGUUAUCCUGGCACUGGCCCUGGUUGCUCUGCAGCAGAGGACCUGGCCCUGAGGCUCAUGUCUGAGGUGCUGGAACAGAGACAUGGUCUCAGACUCUUCAUACAUGGCCGCGAUAAUACAGAUGUGGAAGUGAAUCUUGCCGCCAUGACUGACGCCAUAAACCAGAGCAGGACGGUGGUGCUCAUUCUACACAGAAUGAGUCCAGCCAAUCUUCAAUGCCAGGUCUUGAUUCCAGUGAGCCAAGGACAAGACAUGCUGAACGCCUCGCAGCGCCAGCACCUCUGCUCUGCCAUUGCUCAGUGUACCAUUCCAGUCAUUCUGGUUGAGGACAACGAGAAUACCGAUCACUCGCUGCUGCCAGAGUGCUUGCAGGCCGUCAGACAAACGCAAGGGGCGCUGAGGUGGAACCCAACAGUGCAACCUAGUGGCCGCUUCUGGAAGCAGCUGAGAUAUCGCAUGACCUGAGGAGGCCUGCAUCUGAAAUAUAGGCCAGAAAUGAAACCACAUUAGCUUGUGAAAAGGUUGAAGUACAAAAUGGAAUCAUUUCACACCAUGUGAUUUAGCCCACACAUAUGAUAUGUUCUAUUUCCUCUUUCUGUCAAAUACAACAUGGAACAAUUAUUUUAAAAGACUUCUGUCUUACAACAAUCAACAGCAAAGUUAUUAGUGUCUUAUCUCGACAGCAUUGAGGUAACCACUGCUGUUUCCUUAAAACAGUACAUAGGAAGAGAGUGUAACACUGAAUUCUUUUUUACUGAAAAUAUUUGUACAUGAUUCUGUGCUGUCAGGAAAAAAAGAAUAAGAUAGAAACUGGAUUCACAGAG